AAGAACUGGCCGGAUCCCAGCUGAGAUAUCACAAUGUUGGCAACAGCCCUACGCCGGAGGGCAAUUUUGCCAGUUGUUCCAGCGCCGUCUGGCCUCGGAAGACCAGCAGCUUGCGCUCGCCGCGCAACAUUGCGAUUUUCCAGUACAACACCUGCUGCACCCAAACCCCAAGCAGCCGCCUCCUCUCUCUUUCAAGCCGCCAAGGAGGAUGCUGAAUCGACAGGUGCUGUAAGCGGAACGACGAGCUCCGAGGAUGCUACAGUCCCAACACCAUCAAAGGCAACAGACAAGGCCAUUCCCACAUUCACAACCGGCGAUUUUCGUGUAUCGCCACGCAAACUCCUCCAUCUCGCCCGUCUCAUACGCGGAAUGCCCCUCCUCGAAGCCGAAGUCCAAAUGAAAAUGUCCAAAAAGCGCCCGGCUGAUCGAGUCCGUGCCAUGUUACAUCGAGCCGCAUCUGCACUACAACACAAUUAUGGAAAAGAUCCGAAAAGUUACAUUGUCCAGCAGGCGUGGGUUGGGAAAGGCACCUAUUUGAAGAGACUGAAAAUUCACGGCAAAGCCCGAUUCGGUGUCAUGCACCGUCCAGCAGGCCACGUGAAAAUUAUCUUGGCUGAGAAGAAGAUGGACAAAACCAAGCAGGAGAAGGACUUUGACAAAUUGGUGGACAUGUUCAAAAGGCAUAACCUGUAUAUUCCGCUGCGUGACAGUGAGCCUGUACGCUUCUUACAUCCCCCGUGGAGUAGAAAGCCAUGGAAGUAUGUGACGAGUCCAAAGUGGGUGGAUCCAAAGAAUGCAUUGGCGCGGGAUCGGUAGGGCUGGGGUGGAAGAUGGGAGCUACAUACGUCUAUGUCGGAUCAUACGGCUGUCAUGAUACACGUAUUUACAAUCUUUUUGAAAAUAUUAUUUACUCUACAAGGAAGGGAA